UGCAUUCGCAGCCCCUACCUGUGGGAUGAUCGCCCCCCCAUCGCGCAGGAUUUCCCAUUGCCAACCCCGGGCUGCUAUGAGGACGAGGAGGAUGGCCCGGGACACGGAGGGAGAGCAGGAGCUGAGCACGGAGAGCAGGGAGGACAAAUCCCCGCGGCAGAACCUGGUGGCAGAGGCCGUUUGGAGCGGCUCCACGGCGCAGGAACCCAGCGGGGAGGAAAAGCCCCGGAGAUGCCGCACGAGGAGGGGCUGCAAACGCAGAUGGCGGGGAUCUGAGGGGGAAAGAGCCAGCCUGGGCCGGGAAGGCGGCCGGAGAUGGAGCCAGAGCUCGGAGCUGGGGCUCCAGGAGCAGCUCCAUGAUGGGGAGAAGCCCCACACGUGCGAGGAGUGUGGGAAGAGCUUCAGCUGCAGCUCCAGACUGAUCACGCACCAGAGGAUCCACACAGGAGAGAGACCCUAUGAGUGUGGGGAGUGUGGGAAGAGGUUUCAGAGCAGCUCCAGCCUGAGCAAGCACCAAAGGAGCCACACCGGGGAGAGGCCUUUCGAGUGUUCCGAGUGUGGGAUGAGCUUCAGCCGGAGGGCCAACCUGAUCAGGCACCAGGGGACCCACACUGGGGAGAGGCCCUACGAGUGUGAUCAAUGCAGGAAGAGGUUCCAGACCAGCUCCCAUCUCCUCCAGCACUAUCGGAUUCACACGGAGGAGAAGCCCUUCCAGUGUCCUGACUGCGGGAAGGGAUUCAGGUACAACUCCUCCCUUGUCAUCCACCAACGCACCCACACGGGGGAACGGCCAUACAAGUGUGGGGAGUGUGGGAAGAGCUUCAGGUUUAGCUGCAACUUGACCAGCCACCAGAGGACCCACACAAGGGAGAGACCCUACGAGUGUGGUGAGUGUGGGAAGAGCUUCGUCCAGAUCUUCCACCUGACCAGGCACCAGAGGAUCCACACUGGGGAGAGACCCUACGAGUGUGGGGAGUGUGGGAAGAGGUUUCAGAGCAGCUCCAGGCUGAUCAAGCACCAGAGGAUCCACACUGGGGAGAGGCCCUACCAGUGUGGGGAGUGUGGGAAGAGCUUCACCGACGGCUCCAGCCUGAUCAGCCACCAGAGGACCCACACCGGGAAGAAGCCCUACGAGUGUGGGGAGUGUGGGAUGAGAUUCAGUGUGAGCUACCACCUGAUCCUGCACAAGAGGAGCCACACUGGAGAGAAGCCCUAUGAGUGUGGGGAAUGUGGGAAGAGAUUUAGCCAGAGCUCCAGUCUGAUCGUGCACCAGAGGACGCACACUGGGGAACGGCCCUACGAGUGUGGGGAGUGUGGGAAGAGGUUUCAGACCAGCUCCAGCCUGAGCAAGCACCAAAGGAGCCACACCGGGGAGAGGCCUUUCGAGUGUUCCGAGUGUGGGAUGAGCUUCAGCCGGAGGGCCAACCUGAUCAGGCACCAGGGGACCCACACUGGGGAGAGGCCCUACGAGUGUGAUCAAUGCAGGAAGAGGUUCCAGACCAGCUCCCAUCUCCUCCAGCACUAUCGGAUUCACACGGAGGAGAAGCCCUUCCAGUGUCCUGACUGCGGGAAGGGAUUCAGGUACAACUCCUCCCUUGUCAUCCACCAACGCACCCACACGGGGGAACGGCCAUACAAGUGUGGGGAGUGUGGGAAGAGCUUCAGGUUUAGCUGCAACUUGACCAGCCACCAGAGGACCCACACAAGGGAGAGACCCUACGAGUGUGGGGAGUGUGGGAAGAGGUUUCAGAGCAGCUCCAGGCUGAUCAAGCACCAGAGGAUCCACACUGGGGAGAGACCCUACGAGU